AUGAGCAAACAAUCUCGCAAAUCAUGUGGCCUAAAGUCUGAACGCUCUCACGAUGAAAUAAAGGAUAUAUUCCCCGAUGCUGAGACACAAGAGGGAUUUGCCCUGUUCAGGUUGCCCUUGGAAACACGCUGGACGAUCUACGAAUUGAUCUUUAGCGAGGUUGAGGUGCCCGAGGGAAGAUACAUGAACCACAUCGGCGAAAAGGACUUUGAAGAUACAUCAUUGAAAUCGUCUGCCUAUGUCAAUAAAGUUGGGAAGAAGAUGCCCUACUGGCUCCGGCCUGAUUGUACGACACGCACGAUGAUCUGGACAGACUUCCUGCAGACUUGCAAGCGGGUAUACAACGAAGCCGGCUUGUUUCCGGUAAGCAUCAACAAGCACAAGUGCUACCAGAUCCAUGGGCCUGGUGAAGACCCUGGCCAAUAUCUGGAAAGAUUUACAUCGCGCCAGCUCACUCAGGUGCGCCGUCUACACUUCUAUACACAGCAGCACACGUUGGAUGAUAGCGCGAUCCCCUUGAGAAAACAGCUGAAGAUGGCGUCAGUGGCGUUGGAACAUCUGGUUAUUACCAUCCGGAACUGCUCGAGGCGUCCGCCAGGGCGAAGUGACCCCUCGGCAAUCCGCGAGCCACUUCAAGUCAAUCCAUAUCGUCGAGGCUUGGCUUCUUGGCACGAUAUGACGGAGGAUAUGGAGUCAAUGGAGAAUGGUGACAACUUGCUGAUGCUCAAAUCCGGAUGGGCAGGCAUUUUCGCCCAAUUCCAUAAUCUGAAGACUUUGACAAUAGAGUUUGAACAUCACGAGGGCUUCGAGGAUGAGCUUGGGAGACUCGCUCAGUGGGCUCAGAAGUGGCGGUUUCCCCUCCAGGAAGGCCAUGUCUUAACAGACGGACCUGGCGAGGACUCAAGGUACAUGACUCUACGGUUUGUCGGGAUUGUGGACUGCUCAGGCCAAGUCAAGCCAGAGCAAGGGUGA